AUGCAAGACACGUCGAGAGAAGGCCGCCUAGAGCUGUCACUUGCACAUCCACUGGACAAAUCUCGCCUGGUACAAAAUCCUUGCUCAUCCCAAUCAUCAUCCUUGAUCUGGCAGGGUCUCGUCAGGGCAACGACCGAGUUCAAUCUCUGUCCGAACCGCGUGUGGGCAGUAGCCCGCAGCCUCCCACAGCGAGAAAAGAACAUCCCUCUACUCAUCCCCGCAUCAGACGCUGCUAUUAAACACCGUAUCCCCCAUCACCAGGGCCACGAGCAGUGCACAUUCGACUUUUGCGAAUUUUCCCGGCGCGAUUUCACAGGCGUGCAGCAGCGCCAUGAGACACCAGACUGCAAAUGCGUGCCUCUGCGCGGCCUCUUCCCCCCGGAUGAAAUUGAGAAAGCCGCAAAGGCGGGCAAGGUCACGGCGUGGGCGUUGGAUGGGAAGUCGAUUAUCAGGCCUCCUCGGCCGUUCAUGGCGAUAUCACAUGUCUGGGCUGAUGGGACUGGUGCCGGCGCUUGGGGCCCCGGGCAGGUGAACCGGUGCCUCCAUAGCUUCUUUCGACGCAUUGCAGAGCAGUUCCAGUGUGAAGGGAUUUGGUGGGAUACGGUCUGCAUUCCGCGAUCAAAGGCCGCUCGCACCAUUGCGAUAAAUCGGAUGCAGCAGAAUUAUGAGGAUGCUCGCGUCACUCUCGUCCAUGAUUGUUUCCUGCGGGAGUGGGAAUGGGUCGAUGAUGAUGACGAUAGCACGAAUGCGAGACUUGCUUGCUUUGCGAUUAUCAUGUCUCCCUGGUUUAGCCGGGGGUGGACGGCUCUGGAACUGGCCAGGUCUCGUCGAGUGAAAGUGAUAUUCAAAGGCGCUUAUGGCCCAGCCAUAAAAGACCUUGACGACGAUAUUCUAGCAAAGGUGCCCGAUGAUAUCGUAGCACGGCCGGUAGCGAAUCUCCGGGCCACCAGAAUCAGUGCCGUUGACGACCUCUUGACCGUGCUCGGCUCUCGAUAUACGUCGUGGCCUCGAGAUAUAGCGACCAUAGCCGGGCUUUUAGUCGGCAUUGACAUACCCCACGAUACAACACAGCAAGACAUCUAUCAGCGCAUCCUGAAGAGAGUUGGGAAGGUCUCCCCCGAACAUCUCUUCCACAAUUCCGCGACCAUGUCUAAAGGUGGAUUUACUUGGUGUCCUACCAGUUUGGUUGACCUCGCACCGUCUUCAGGACUGACCUCUCUGAGAGUUACCGAGGACGGGGCAGUCGUGGGCCAGUGGAAGGUACUUGGUCGCCCGAACUGGAUUUCCAGGGGGAGAUAUAACUGGAAGGGCACACAUCCUCUGGCAGAAGUCCGCCUGCAAGCUGCGCUCCAGCAACCUGAGAAGCAUUGCCUUCUAGCUGAGAACUAUAAUAGUUAUGUCAGUGCCAGUUUCCGCCCUCAGUAA